UUUAAUUUAAACGGGUUUUGGGGAUUUUGGUGAUAUAUUCUUUAUUCACCCAAUUCCAUAAAAUAAUAUUAAUUAUAUAAUUUUUUAAUGUUAUAAAUUAUUUAUUUUAUUUUUAUUAAUAUUAUUAUUAAUUUGAGAAUUUUAUUUUAUUAUUUUAUUCUACACACUCUGGCACUUUUCAACGUUUUAACACAUUAAAUUUGUUUACUUCUUAGACUAAGUGAAUAAUUUUGUGUUGGAAUGGCGGAAUGUCUUGAGCGUAUGUCAACUUCAAAUACUCUUGAGGAGAAACCCUCACUCGACUCAAUCCGAGAAAAACUUGCCACCUUCGAAUCCUCCGCAAUUAACCUCAAAAUUAAACAAAAAGAUGAUCUCGAUAAGUUCAACAGUAUAAAUGAGAUGAUUUGUGAUUUGAAUGAUCAGUUGUUGAGAGAGUCUCAGGAGCGUUUACAAUCAAGAGAAUUACUCCAGAAAGUGACUGAGGAAGCUGCAAACCGCAUGUUAUCAAGUGUACAGAGUAAAUUAAACCAUAAAGUCCGAUCCCUAGCGGAGAAAUUGGAUAAACUAAUUGACAAAUGCGCCACACUCGAAAACUCAGUCAAUGAACUCGACAAUAAAAUCAACCGAUCCGGAUAUUUGGAGUUGGUGGAGUGUGACAUAGCAGAGUUGAAGGCGGCGGUUAGAAAUGACAUCGUGUCAAAGGUUGAUAAGGACACUGACAUCCUCGAUCGCAUCUGCUACCUGCAAAACUCCAAUCGCAUCAAAAUCAAUGAUAAUAACAUCUGGAACAACGAAUGCAUCAAGGAAAUUAAACAAAAUAUCACACAAUUCAAAAUGGUGUGUGAGAAUGAGAAUGAGAUUUUUUUAAAGUAUAUAACCGUGGAGUUGAAUAAUUUGAAAACGGCACUCGAGUCUACCAGCGCAUCAAGGAAACAAUCCGACAACUUCAUCCUACAAACCAUCGAUCACAUGAUGUCAUUCCUACCCAAACUCACACACAACUAA